AACAAAUGAAAAGUUAAACGGCCUUGGGUGAAGAAGAUCCGACCAAAAAAAAUCGCUCCAAAGAAAGAAGAAAAGAUAAGAUGGCUUCUCUUCUCUCUCCCCCCAUCGCCGGCGCAUUUCAGUCGCAUCUCAAAUGUUUCACCGGCGGUUUCUCCUCUCCCUCUCUCUUUCCAACCCAAAACAGCCUUUUCCGGAUGAGGUGCAGCUUUUCUCCUGUUGAUUUUGUGGGGCAAUCUCUCUCUGGCUUCGAUGAAUCCUUGGGCAGAUACUCUGAUACCCAGAAAUGGGAACUCGUUGCAUCCGCCGGAGUUGUGUGGUUUUACCUGACGGCGAGGCCUGGUGUUCUCAUCGGCGCCAUUGACGCCUACCUGCUCGCUCCACUCCAGCUUGGCCUCGACACUCUGAUUGGGACAAGGAGGCUGAAGAGCUCCGAUUUCUUGGUCAAAGAAAAACUCGGCGAAGGGUCUUUCGGCGUCGUCUAUUCGGGGUUCCUUCUUCCCAAGAAUAAGAAUUCGGGGGUUCGGAAAGCAAAAGCCGGCGAGCAGCGAGUCAUUCUCAAGAAGGUGAAGGUGGGAGUUCGAGGAGCGGAGGAAUUCGGCGAGUACGAAGAGUGGUUCAACUACAGACUCUCAAGGGCGGCUCCUGAGACCUGCGCUGAGUUUCUCGGAAGCUUUGUCGCCGACAAGACCAAUACUAUGUUUACAAAAGGUGGCAAAUGGCUCGUCUGGAGGUUCGAGGGAGACCGUGACCUCGCUGAUUACAUGAAAGAUCGGAGCUUUCCUUCCAAUCUGGAGUCCAUCAUGUUUGGCCGUGUUCUCCAAGGUGUUGAAUCUGCCAAACGUCGUGCAUUGAUCAUUAAGCAGAUCAUGCGCCAGAUCAUUACUUGUCUGAGGAAAAUCCAUGAUACGGGCAUUGUUCACCGGGACGUGAAGCCGGCCAACUUGGUCGUUACAAAGAAGGGGCAGAUCAAGCUCAUAGACUUUGGUGCUGCUGCUGAUCUUCGCAUCGGCAAGAAUUACAUCCCCGAACGCACGUUGCUAGACCCUGACUACUGUCCUCCUGAGCUCUAUGUCCUCCCUGAGGAAACGCCUAGUCCUCCUCCCGAGCCAAUAGCCGCCUUGCUCUCCCCGAUUCUCUGGCAGCUGAACAGUCCCGACCUGUUUGAUAUGUAUUCUGCUGGGAUAGUGCUCCUGCAAAUGGCGGUUCCUAGCUUAAGAUCCCCUGCGGGCCUGAAGAAUUUCAAUUUCGAGAUCAAGUCAGUUGAAUAUGACCUGAAUAGAUGGCGGGACAGGACUCGGACGAGGCCAGACUUGAGCAUUCUUGAUCUGGACUCGGGCAGAGGGUGGGAUCUCGUCACUAAACUCAUCUCCGAGAGAGGUUCUCUGAGACGCGGACGCCUUUCAGCCGCCGCUGCUCUCAGGCACCCUUAUUUUUUGUUGGGUGGCGAUCAAGCGGCCGCUGUUCUUUCAAAGCUCAGUUUCAGCAAGUAGCUUUCAUUUUAUUCUUAUCAUGUAAAUCUACACACACGUCUGUUCCUUGAAUAUAUAUAUAUAUAUAUAUA